GUCUACAAUGAACGCUUGCAGACGGCAGGGGAGGAGGGAGGACAAACAAGGCGACCCCAAAAAUAGGAUAGGCGGAAAAAAGAAGAGCGCUUGAUAUCCUACUUAGGGGUCUACUCGGGACCCCCCGGCUUGUGUCCUGUUUUCCAUUAUAUGCACCAGUCUUUAGCUGUAAUGAUAUUUAAUUCUUCCUAGGGAAUGCCAUUUGUGACUUAAGUGAAUUAAGCAACAAGGCUGGUGAAAAGCAGAGGCAGUGGCUUCCUCUUUUAGGUCUCGUGGAUGCAAAUCGAAGAAGAGACCCAGCAACUUUCAGAGCGUGACCCAGUUGCGCCACACAAAAACACACCAAAGAGUAAACGCAAAAACCCACAAAUGAAGUGUGAAAAUUGCACCAAAAAGGAAUGUAGUAAAAAACAGAAGAAUGAUGACCGACAAAAUACACCAGUUGAUGUCCUCAAUUCAAAUGAUGAAAAUGAAGAGAAAAGUGAAUUCCAUAGGUUGGCUAAUGCUAAAAUAUUCCUGAGUGACUGCCUAGCUUGUGACAAUUGCAUAACACCAGAUGAAGCAGUCAGAGUUUUCCAGCAGAAUCAGAAGGAGCUCUUCCAUGUACUGAACCUUAAUAAGAAAUGUGAUACCUCAAAACACAAAGUGUUGGCAGUGUCUAUAUGUCCUCAGUCCUUGCCUUAUUUUGCUGCUAAAUUCAAUCUCUGUGUAACAGAAGCAGCCAAGAGGCUUUGUGGUUUCCUCAAAAGUCUUGGAGUGCAUUAUGUCUUUGAUACCACGAUAGCUGCUGAUUUUAGUAUUUUGGAGAGCCAGAAGGAGUUUGUACAACGGUACCACCAUCAGAAUCAAGAAGAGCAUGCCUUACCAAUGUUUGCUUCAGCUUGCCCAGGCUGGAUCCAGUAUGCAGAGAGAGUCCUCUCCAGCCUGGUAACACCACACAUUUGCACUGCAAAGUCACCGCAGCAGAUCAUGGGCUCUCUAGUAAAGGGGUAUUUUGCCAGGCAGCAGAAUCUCUCCCCUGAUAAAAUCUUCCACAUAAUUGUGGCACCUUGCUACGACAAAAAGUUAGAAGCCUUGCGAGAAGAUUUCUGCACCCCUUUGUAUAAUUCUCAAGAUGUUGAUUGUGUUUUAACGUCAGGUGAAGUCUUCCAAAUAAUGGAACAGAGAAAAGUCUCUCUGAAAGAAAUAGCUGAGGUGGCCUUUGAUACCCUGUUUGAAGGAAUAAAGGAGGGCGAGUUAAUCCGGCAUGAUGGAAGAAGGUCAGAUGGUUACCUGGAGCACAUAUUUAAACAUGCUGCCAAGGAGCUGUUUGAUACAGAAGUGAAGGAGCUCACGUACAAAGUAUUAAAAAACAAAGAUUUCCAGGAGGUCACACUAGAAAAGGACGGUGAGACAGUGUUGCGCUUUGCAGCAGCGUACGGCUUUCGCAACAUCCAAAACAUGGUCCUGAAGCUGAAAAAGGGAAAGUGUUCCUACCAUUUUGUAGAGGUUUUAGCCUGUCCUGGAGGGUGCUUAAACGGGAAGGGUCAAGCUCAGACUGAAGAUGGAAAACCAGACAAGGCCCUGCUCAGGCAGAUGGAGGAUGUGUACGCUACAGUUCCUGUCCGGCUUCCUGAAACCAAUGGGCACGUGCAGAAGCUUUACCAGGAAUGGCUGGAAGGGAUGGACUCCAUGAAGGUCCAGGAAUCAUUACAUACUAAAUACAGCAUGGAAAAACCAGCUGCCACAAGUUUGGAUAUCAAAUGGUGACCAAGCAGAUUGCAAGACUUGCAUUAGGUUUGUUAUACGUGCAGCAACAGCAACUAUUCUAUGCAACUGGAGACAGAGGCAUUGAUUCAAUAUGUGAACAAUACAAAGAACUGGAACUGCCUUUGUCCCCCAUUGGGACUAUGUAGAGUCAGAUUGUUGCUUGAUUGUUUCAGUGUACAUUUGGAAUGUCUUUAUUUAAUCAGAGCUUGACAUUGGGGGGGGGGGGGGGUUGUAUAUAUCCGAGGACCUUUUAUAAGUCACAGUGAAUCUCUCUCAACUUCCAGCAGAGGUUCAUUGUAAUGGAAGAAGCAGAGCAGCAUCAGGGUAUGCUGUAAUGUGCAUUGAUUUUGAUCCUUAGGUACAUGUGUCUAUGUGCCAAGAAUCCAGUGCUAUAGAUUUCACUGUCUCUCAAAAAGUGAUUCUGUUAGGUUUACAGUUUAUCUAAGACUUCAUAUCAAUAUCAAACUUUAUUAAGAUACCAAAAUAUGACAAAACAAACUAACGCUUGAUAUUUCCUACUGUAUCACACCCAUUCUACUUUACUAUAUUAAGGGGCAUGCUAGUGAGGCUGAGUUGUAUGAAGAGAAAAACUAGGAACUUUGCCCUCUACUGGUAACUAAUUUCCUUUGUAACAACUUUAAUUUAGUUUGUCUGGCUCCUUCGGGAAAGUACGAAUUGUGUCCUGUUCUCUCUUUUCACUGUCUGUUCCUCCUGACACUUCUAGCUUGUUGUUCUGUACUUGGGAGUAUUGAAAUCCUAGCCUUCAAUGGGUGGGGUAGUCAGCCAGGCGGAAGAUUGUAACCAGGAGAUCUGUCUAGCCAUCAGCAGUUCUAGGUGAAGUCAUUAAGGAUGCAAUCCUAUGCAUAUUUUGACAGGAAAAAGCCCUACUGCUCCCAGCAUCCCUCCAGCUAGCCAUGGUUGGAAUUGUAGGACUCUUUCCUGUCUGAAUAUGCAUAGGCUUGUGCCUUAAGUGGUUAAAAGGUGAGGCAGUGGAAGGUGCAGUUAGGAUCAUUGGCCCAAAGUUGCGGGAGUAAGCAAGUCUAAGGAGGUGAAGCUAGAGAUAAAGUUGUUGAGAGGCAGAGGCAGCCACCAGAAUAUAUCAGAGGCUGAAGGUUGACCUCAUCCAGGAAGUUAAUAUACUUUAUUGAACUAAGGCCUGCCUAAUGCUAAAGUCCUAUGCGACAAUUUACGUAAGGAUGAUUCACCAACUUGUACUAGUGUGAAAUCCACCCAUUUGGUUUUAGGCUUUUCUGGGGUUUGCUAGGUCCUAAUUUUGCCAGCAGGUUCUGUGUGGGCCAGAUCAUAAUAUCUAUAAAGACUAAUAGGAUAGUGAUAUUUCCCAGUGAGACUUCUUGAUGCAUGACUAAGUCUGCAAUCCUAUACCUCGGGAUAAUUCUCAUUGAACUCAAUGGGAUUUACUUCUGAGCAGAGAUGCAUAGGAUUGCUUUGUAAGUAACAGAGAGCAAUUGGUCAAGCACAGAUAAUGUGGAACCUCCAUCUGUGUCAUUGGGACAGGUAGGAGAGCCCAAUGCAUACUCACGGAAAUGAACAGAGCAAUACCCCAGAACUGUCUUUUUUUCUUUAAACUGUCAUUUUAAACAUUAAUUGUUUUUCUACUCUAGGUUUCCCCCCUCUCCUGCUUAAUAUACUCUCAUUUGGAUGUUCUGGUCAGACAUGAACAAGGUCUUCUUCUGCAUUUCUAUUGCUCCUUUUAUUUUGCCAGGAACUUAAAUUCUCAUGCCCCCAAAGCUUCUUAAUAGUCUUUGCAACAGCAUUGGCCUCUCUGACUGGUCUCUCCCAUAGCUUCUCCUUCAUUUUGGUUUUCCUGUCUUAACAAGAAAAUACGGGUAAGCUUUGUUGUGAUUUUGCUGAGAAUCACACAUUCUUGUGACGUUCUUAAAUGCUCAUCAUGCAAAAAACAAAUAAAACGAGGCUCUUAAGGCUGAUCUGUGCAUACAACGAAUCUAAACCUCCCUCUAAUUAGAGGCCAUUGGUGCUUCACUCCUCUCAAAGUGUCUGUCUAAAUUCUUACUCUGGUUCCCAUCAAAACAAUGACAUUUUCACCCAGGAGCAGAUUGAAUAGUGAAGAGGUGUGAGAAAUGGUGUCAUGUUUGACGUGGGGACAUUUGGGCUGCAACUCUUUUAACAGUAUAGUAGAGGUAUAUUCUGUGUUCCAUGUGUAUGGAUCUGGUUACACAUACAAAAAAUCACAUUGUAUAUCUUGAUUAGCUGUACCUUUGUAAAAAGAGAAAGUCGCUUAAAACGGGUGUAGGAGUAAAAACUCUAUUUUGGGGGGAAACUUACCUCUGUGCUAGGAAAGGAACUUGGAGCGGCUGGGGGAUCCCUGGGCCUGCUGCUGCAUUAAAAUCAAAAGGGUACAUCCACAAGGCAGUUUCUUAGGGAAUCAGAUGUUUUGGCACAUCUGUUCCUCGCAGUCCCUAUACGCACAAUACUUCAUCCUACUGAGAUAUCACGAUGGGCAUGCAGAUUGCACAACUAGUUUCCUGUGUCAUGAAUGGGAUCCAGAGGGGAUAUUUUGGGGAGCCUUUUCCAGGGGUAUUUUUCCACAUUCCCAGUUGUGCAAAAGAAGCUUUCAUGUGAAUGUGCCCAAAGGUGUCCGAAUUCCUGUGUUAAGGCAAAAGCACUUAAGCACAGCUUUUGGUAUCUUCAACUUAUGGUGGCAAUGUAAUUUAUUUUAAUCCUAACUUUGUGUUCAUUAGGUUGCCCUGGAUAUGCGUUCAGUGCAAUUCUAGCCUUAUAAUUCCAUUGUAUUUUUCAAUGUUUGUAUAUACGUUAUGUGGAUAUUUUGUGUUCUUUUUUAUUUUAUUUUGCUUACAGUUUUGUAUAUAAGUUUGAAUUGUUUGUCAGAAAUGUAUGUGCGUGAACGACUUUGA